AUCUGUUGUGUUCUAGUUUCUGAAUUACAUCACCAGGAUACAAAUGGAUGCGACAUGUUUCUUCAGAAAAUCCUGCUUUCAUUAUGAAAGAUUGAAACUGAAUAGAUUUGUGCCAUGUGGAGGCCAAGGAGAAAGGAACACUUGAUAAAUGAAUCAUCUAUUCUAAUAAUGCUUUCCAUUCGGCUGUAUCUCUGUCCCUUUCACCACCAGAUUUGUUACAUUUGUACAGAUUGCGUGGUGCUCCAGGGAAAGUUUCAGGAUUGCCGGCCCAUUUUCUGGCCCUUAACUUUUUUUUUUCGAAUGAACCCCUUAACUAUUCAGAAUGGACCUCAUGAAGAGGGCAGCUGGCAUGGCGAGGGGCGCAUCUGCAGCUCCGGCGCGGAAAGGUGAAGACGAGAGCUUGGUUCUCUUCGGGGAACUGUACAAACAUGAUCAAGUAAAGGAUAUGAAUCUCCUUGAACCAAUGUUCUCUAUGGAGUUUGAAGCUAUCCAAGGAGACCGCCGUAUGUACAAACUCGCGUCAGGGAAGAGAAAUUACCUCCUAACAGAUGGCGAGAAGAAUGAUUACGACUGGCUCAAGACUCCUCCAGCCACCCCGCUGUUCGCCUCCCUUGAGAUGGAAGCUGAUUCCUGCCAAAUGGUUUUUCAGAGGGAGUUGCCUAUCCUUCAAGUACUUAAAACUUCAAGGCUCUCAGGAAAGCUGGAGGCAGCCAGUAGUAAUACAUCAACGAAGUCUGAAUCUCCUACGACAUCCAGCUCCUCAAAGUCUGCCACUCCAACGGCCAGACCAAACUCUUCAUCAUCAAAGAAAAACCUCACCACCAGAGCAUCCCCUGCCUUCUCCAAAGUGGAGACCUUAGCUUACAAGAUAGAUAAGAGAUCAAGCUACACACCUCUGGGAAGCAGGCCGCACAAUGCAGUGGCAGUUCCUACUACAGACACCAAAGCAGCUAAGAAAACCUCUUCAGGCAAGAAGCCCGCUGCCCCAGGCAGCACGAAUGCAGCCAAGAACAUUCCUAACAAGCCACUGACAAAGAAAGUUGGAGCGGCUACGCCGAGAGCUCGGACCAAGGACCAUUCGACUGGUGCAAACGAUCUGAAGGUGGAUGCCGGCAACGGCAGCGCCACAAGAAGAGUGUCACGUCAACCUGCUGCAGCAACGUCCAUCGGCAAGGUUCCGUCGAUUCCAGCGGCGGCAAGAGGAAGGAGCAGAGCUGGGGGUGAGCCGGCUACCGGUAACACUGUCCAUGUCGCUGAGGCAGCGGCGGUUGGGAAAGGGAGGAGGAGAGCUGGUGGGGGGAACGAGCAGCCAAGGCAGCAAAAGCUUGGAAGCCAUGCAAAGGAUCUGGUAGCUUAGCUGCCGGCAUUCAGCAUUCUGGCUUCAGUUUUCAGUUGCGUGAAUCUAUGCAGAAUGCUGUUAAUUCGGAAAGCUUGCUCAUAUUUUAUAAUGGAGAUUUCCACCAUGCAGAGCUUGGAACAAAAUGAAUGACGGGCCAACAAUCUAUUCAAAGAUGUAAAUUUGAUGUCAGUACCAAAGAAGCACUAUUUCAACAAAGCAAUUUCAAGAUUAAGGGUGGGCUAAGGCGCACCUUUGUCAUUACUCGUGUCGUUGUAAUCUUUCGACCUAGCCUGUAGGUAGAAACAACAGUUAUCACAUUUGUUUGUUGCUUUUUAUUCCCCUGUUUGUGGAUACAAUCUCAU